AUGGCCGACAAAGUCAACAUGUCUCUGGACGACAUCAUUAAGCUGCUUCUGUCCAACCUGGCCUUCGGAGUGUCCGACGCGGACGUCCAGCAGCUGUUUGCGGAAUUCGGGCCUCUGAAGAAGGCCGGGGUCCACUACGACCGCUCCGGCCGCAGCCUGGGAACAGCCCACGUGCACUUUGCGCGGAAGGCAGACGCCCUGGAAACCAUGAAACAGUACCACGGCGCCCCUUUGGAUGGCCGUCCCCUCAACAUCCAGCUCCUCACCUCACAGAUACACACGCAGCGCAGGCCGGGGCAGAGUGUCAACAGAGGCCGGGUGAAUACACACCAAGGACCUGGAGGCUUUGGCUGCGGCGGCGGCACGCCGAGUCGCGCCCGCGGAGGCAGCCGGGCUACAGGCAGGGGCACCGGACGCAAUUCAAAGCAACAGAUCUCUGCGGAGGAGUUGGACGCCCAGCUUGACGCUUACAACUCGAUGAGGAGCACCAAAAAGCUGGACGCCCAGGUGAACACUGGCAGAGCGCUGAGGGGCACCAAAAAGUUGGACGCCCAGAAGGACGCUUACAGCGCAAUGAGGGGCACCAAAAGGUUGGACGCCCAGCUGAGCACUGGCGGCGCGAUGCGGGACACGGAGGAGAUGGACGCCCAGACUGACGCUUACAGCGCGAUGAGGGGCGCCGAGCAGUUGGACCCCCAGACGGACGCUUACAGCGGGAUGAGGGGCCCCGAGCAGCUGGGACACCAGAAGGAUGCUUACAGCGCGAUGAGGGGCACCGAGGAGUUGGAGGACGCCCAGCUGGACGCUUACGACACGGUGAUGGACACCGAGGAGUUGGACGCCCAGGUGGACGUUUAUGACGCCAUGAUGGACACUACCUAA